AUGCCGCGCCCGUGUCAGAAAAGACGCGCGAGCGCUGCGGCAAAUCGCAAGCCCAAACCCGCAGCUCCCCCGCCCAUACGGCACAAAGCACGCCAGAAAGCCAUUCACAACGCUCGACGCGGUCGAGGAGGUGCGCAUACGGCAGGCCGAGCCUCGCAAAGGAACCAGAGAGUUGGGGAGAAUCACAAAUUUCAAGAAGAAGACUUUGUCUCAUUCUCAAAUAUUGGUAGCACCUUUCACAUGCACAACGGCUCUGGCAGUUCAAAGGAUCCUAUUCUGCUGCAAGACUCAGACUAUGAAGACGGCGAGGGAGAUACAGACGACAGCGACGUGGACUCGGACGACAUUGAUGUCGAGGAUUCGGACAUGUACGAAGCAGAGGAUAUGAUGAUCAAUGUCGACGUCAGCCAGCCUUCGAGGAGUAGGGUCAGAGUCUCAACGGCAGGAGUCAGACUUCCUAGGGCAGAAGUCAUGUUCACUGUACCGCGCGCCUUGACCAUCUACAAGAGCAUUCGGGCGAGCGGGUUUCCCCUCCCGACUUUGACGGCUGUACGCUAUGGGGUGCAAGAGGGGGUUUCUCCAGACUCGGUUUCAUAUCUAUCGCUCGCCCCGUCAUUGCCCUCUGGUCUGUCGAGUCUGAGCAGCGCAAUGAGCCAUGACUUACAUGUCGAUGUCAAAGAGCCAUUGGGAAGAGAUUAUGUGUUUGACUUUGGAAAGUACUCUGGAUUGCGGUUUGAAGAGGCUCCUGAGAACUAUCUCCGCACGAUUGGUGGCCAACUGGAUGUAUAUGAGUCCAGACAUCCUGGUUUAAAAGAGGCAUUCGACUACUACAGGCCAGGCCAAGCACGCUUAGCGCCCCCAAAGAAACAGCCAUCAAAAAAGCAACCACAGGGACAACCUCAGUCGCAGACAAGGCCUUUACUCCCAGUAGCACCAAAGCGCAAGGGUACCGAGACUUUAUCAGACACGUGGAAAUUCCGAAAAGGACCACAUAAAGGAAAGAAGCUGUUCGAUGUACCCGAGAACUAUAUUCGUACAGUAGAAAAGAUACCCGCGGUGGUUGAAAACUGGCCAGGAUUCAAGGCGGCCUUGCAGGACUUCAAUCGGAGGACUGGUAGACUGGGCAGGACAUGA